AUGGAUCCCUUCACGGAUCAGUUGACUCCCAAAGUUAGAAAACGGGUCCCCAAAGCUUGCGACCAUUGUCGCAAGCGGAAAAUUCGGUGCGGGAUGGUCAACCCAACCACAGACAUGUGCGACAACUGUGUGAAAUUCGGAGUUCCCUGUACGUUCAAGCACCACCAUGAAAUGGAACGACAACGCCUUGUUCAAGGAUAUGACGUUGAAAAACCACGAGUCUCUGGCGGCGGAGCGAAAAACGCCCGGAAAAGUAGCAUGUCGCUGUCAAAAACCGAUUUGAAUGCCCUGGCAGAGACCACCCGCUCGGAUUCGCCCUUACAUGCGCUUGAAAACAAGCUGGAGGUCCUGGAAUCACAAAUAAAUGUGCUACUCGGGCUUCUGUCGAAGAAAAGCGCCCCUCAAAGCUUUUCCAAACCUCAACAUCAAGCAAUGGCCCUCAAGGGCUCAAGGCUACGACAAGGCCAGACUGUUAAGAUACCGGGUUUGAUUGAUGUGUCUCCACAUCCGAAACCAAAACGCUACAAAUCUUCUUUGAUCACCAAGCGACGUAUCGCAUGGCUUCGCAAGCAGGCCAAGCUGUGUUACGGGCAACAAAAUCAGACCAACUCCAAUGCAGAUGCUGAGGUGCCAGUAGUAACCUCCUUUGCCCCUCUCAUGGACGUGUUUGUAGUAUCAUCCAAAUGGUACGUGGCAGAGGUAAAGAAACUGAUUGAUUACUCUAACCCAUUUGUUCCCGUUACUGGACCACAACUCUAUCCACUACCACCAAAGCAUGUUGUCCAAAAAAUGAUGCAAAUGUGCGAAUAUCGCAUUUUUAAAGGUGCUUUUAGUAUAGUGGGCUACAGUGAGCUGGCUGCAAUAGUUGACCGAUGUUAUGCUGGAGAGAAACUUUCCUAUUCUGAAUAUCUACUAAUUGAUAUCUGGAUUUGCGUCUGUACAGUUUAUGAUGUCAGUGGAACAGAUGACUACUACUUAAAGCAACCAACUUCAGAAAUGCACAUACGUGAAAGCCACAUGCUUCUCAACUCCAUGUAUCAGUACCAUAAGGUAUCUUUGAUAAGCGAAGGGUUCCGGUCUGUGCAAGCCCUUCUCCUGUUAUACCAAUACGUUCAAACUAAAAUUAGCGCAAACGUUGCUUAUAGCAUCUUUUGCGUGGCCCAGAGGUAUGCACAAGACGCGGGGCUUCAUAAGCGUAAGUCUUAUGAAGGUCUUAGUUUUGAGGACUCGUGGUUAAGACUCAAGAUGUGGUAUCUGUGUGUCACAAUUGAUGCACAUUUAUCUUUGGCAUUUUGUAAGGCUCCUUUGAUAAACAUUGAUGAGACUGAUGUCUUCACAGAGGAUUUCUAUGCCGAAUUCAUCAAGAAUCACGAUCUUGGCCGCAAAUUGACUUCCGAACAAGAACUCUCAAACGAUGAUAGUCUCGAACACUCGAUCUCGCUUCUUUUAACCAGCCCCGAUACUCUUCUUCUUGCAGGAUGUUACUACGGGAUGCAACUGAGCGAAAUUUCGGGUAGAAUUUACAGAGAUCUCUUGGGGCCCGACGUUAUGUACAGAACAACAUUCGACGAGGUUAUUCGGUGCGCUCUUUCGAUUCUCAGUGAUUUGAGAGAAUGGGAUGAGACAUUACCUAAAGAACUGUCGAUUGAGCACUACGAAAAGCACAUUGAAAAUCUUCAUAACAAAACUGAGACAGAGGUUACAAACAUUCACUCCGAAAUACUUUCAGUAAGUGUUCUAUCCUUUCAUUUUGAACGCUUGUAUCUGACGAUGCUGGUAAGUCAAAUGAUGUCUUCCUUUAUCAAUGACAACACUGAAAUACACUCGCGUUCUACUUUCAAUGUCGAGCUCCUGCAUGAAAGCACGCUUCAAGAUCUGCGUUUUUCCGCUAUGCAACUUAUAUCAGUAUGGCCUCAAAUUAAGUUCGUUCCUCACAUGUUGCAGAGAAUGUUUUACAUCUUAAGCGUGGGUGCUUACGGGUUGCUUCUAACGUCGAUUGCGUCCGCUCAUGAAGAAGAGACGGCCAAAUACAUUGCUGCUUUAUGCAAUGCUUACACGUACCUAUGCAAUGAGGGUGACUCAAAACUUUUGGAAGACAACAUCAAAUGGAAUGUUUCCAUGUUUAUUUAUACCUUCCUUCUGAUGCUUGCAAUCCAAUCUUUUAAUAGCUUGUGUCCCCAGGCAGGCAACUACAAUUUCACUUCCGACUCCAUCAGUAACAAGUUUGCUUUUUGGAUGGAUCGGUGUGAGCAGAACAAAGUUGUCGCUGUAAACCAGCUGCGCGAACACUUGAAUAUCUUUGCACCCGCUGCCGGCUUACCUGAUGGCGCCGAAAACGAUGAAGUAGCGUUGGAAAGAAUGCGUAAAGAAUCGGAUUUUCCCAGGGCAUUCCACCUUUUCAGUGAGGUUAAUGUUAACGAUUUCAAGUGUCUUUUAUCGUCACUUCCCAUCCAAAUUGUGUCUAGGGACAAUUUUGCACCAUCUAGUGGAGAGCAGGAUUUAGAAGUCAAAAGUUCAUUGGUAAACCCUGGCCAGGAAGCUUCCGCAGUUGGGAGCGAACUGCUUAAUGGCUUCGAAGGAUCUUUCGGUGUGAAUUUCAGUCCUAACGAUGUAAAUGAAGUUCCAGGAACCACAUUUUCAAGUGAUCAGACAGAGUUUGAAAAUGCCUUAGACAAUUUGUUCUUCGAAAGAGAUUUUGCUUUCCCAGCCAUGAUGUAA